UCAGGAGAGGAGCCGGAUCUUUCCCAAAAAUCAGAACAAAUCCAGAGAUACCAGACGAGCUUCUGUUUCUCUUCCAGCGCCAGCACUACCUCCGUCGACGACACCUCGUACCACCUUCGUUUGCUUCUCUAGUCUCUCACGUAAGUUCUUAUUGUUCUCUAAUUUCCCAAUCUCCGUUUCCGAUCUCUCUAUCUCUCUCUCUCUCUCUCUCUCUCUCUUCCUACGGGAUUUUCUCGUUUAGUUGCUGCUUUUUUCAGUUGUGGACGUUUGGAUUUGGCGAUUCUGAUCUGUGAUAUAUAUAUAUAUAUAUAUAUAUAUUUUGAAUCUCAAUAUCCGUGGCCUGCUUGUUUUAUAUUUCUUUUGAACUUUCUCUAAAUGUUACGAGAUUGUUAACGAUCGCGAUGAGAAUGGAUCCUCCGCAAAUACGUUCAUCUGCACGUAAGUGCAGGUGAUUGGGUCUUGCUAUGAUGUGACGGUGACCCUCUCCAGUCUGGGGAUCGCCUUGCUCCUUAUCAUACGUCACAGGGAUGAAAAACGAAAUCUGCACUUUCCCAGAAAUCAUCAGUUGCCUGUUAUUUAUGUUUGUUUGUGGAUGAUCAAACCAAAAAUCCGGUUUUUCUUCCUCCACCUGAGAUCUGAUACGAGAAGACUCUGGUUCCCUUUACACCCACAUCGUAUUGCCUCGAAAUUUUCCUAUGGGGAUUUUGUAUUUGUUCAUGGCCGGUGCGGACAUGUGCAUCAACCGUUCGACAGUAUGUCGCAAUGGGAUCCCAAAACUUGGGAUGCUAUGUUCAGGGAUUAUUGUGUUGAUGCUAAGCAUAUGGAAGCUCUUUCAUUGGUUUAUCAAAGGAUGCAUUUCUCUGAGAGCUUCAGACUGGAUCACCAAGUCAUGGCAGCCCUUCUCAAGUCCUGUGCUGCUGUCUCGGCUAUUGAAUUGGGGAAGUCUUUUCAUGGGUAUACUGUUAAAUUUGGUCAUGAGGCGAGCGAGGCUGUGUCUAAGUCUCUGAUGAACAUGUAUGCCAAAUGCAGGGCCUUACAUGAUUGCCACCGAUUGUUUGUUCAAAUGAGUCGUGGUGACCCUGUCUUGUGGAACAUACUCUUAUCAGGGUAUGCUGGGUCCAGGAGGCAUGACCUUGAAGCGAUGGAGUUGUUCUAUGCAAUGCAUGUUUGGAAGGAGGAGCCUAAGCCCAACUCAAUUACUGUGGCCAUUAUCCUUCCUGUGUGUGCCCGGUCAAGAGAUUUGCAUGCUGGCAAGAGUGUCCAUGCUCAUGUGAUUAAAUCUGGAUUUGAAUCAGAGACGCUUGUUGGAAAUUCUCUAGUAUCUAUGUAUGCAAAAUGCAGUUGUUUAGGUGAUGCCUUUGUUGCAUUUCGUGGGAUUGCUUAUGAAGAUGUUGUCUCGUGGAAUGCAAUUAUAUCUGGGUAUGCGGAGAAUGGGUUCUUUGCUGAUGCAUUUGAAUUGUUCCGCCAGAUGUUGGCAGUUGAUUGUGAUCCUAAUUAUGCUACAAUUGUUAAUAUCCUUCCUGUUUGUGUUUUGCUAGAACAUGAUGGAAAGUACCGUUUUGGGGAGCAGAUUCAUGGUUAUGUGAUGCGGCGGCCCCAGUUGGUGGCAGAUAUUUCUGUAUACAAUGCUCUGGUGAGUUUCUACUCUAGGAUUGGAAGGUUGGCAGAAGCAGAAUCCAUAUUCUGUGGGAUGAAAUCAAGAGAUUUAGUUUCAUGGAAUGCCAUAAUUGCAGGAUAUGCAUCUAAUGGUGAACCUUGGAAAGCAUUGGAGUUGUUUUAUAAAUUGCUGUCAAUGGAAAUGGUGGAGCCAGAUUCUGUAACUCUUGUGACCAUACUUCCAAUUUGUGCCCAACUAUGCAAUGCACAAGAGGGGAAGAAGAUCCAUGAGUAUAUAUUCCAACAUCCUGAACUGUGUCAGGACACGGCUGUAGGUAAUGCCCUAAUAAGCUUUUAUGCAAAAUGCAACGACAUGGAAGCUGCAUUGAAGAUAUUCUCGACAAUUCCUCGGAGAGAUCUUAUAUCAUGGAACACAAUGCUUGAUGCGUAUGCAGAACGUGGAUGUGCAAUCCAGCUUGUCUAUCUUUUACACCGGAUGCUCAAGGAAGGAUUGCAACCUGACUCCAUAACUCUCUUGACCAUUCUUCGUGUUUGUGCCAAUGUUUCCAGGGAGGCAAUGGUUAAAGAAGUUCAUGGUUAUUCUAUUAGAAAGAGUUUGUUACCAUGUGACCUGGAACCAAGUGUUGGAAACAUGAUACUUGAUGCAUACACCAAAUGUGGGAACAUGGACUAUGCAUUCAAGACUUUUGAGAGUUUAUUAGGGAGGAGGAAUGUGGUCACAUGCAAUUCACUGAUCUCAGGUUUUGUUGAUUGUGGGUCCUGGGAAAAUGCAGAGAUGAUUUUUGGUAAUAUGUCAAAAACAGAUCUCACCACAUGGAAUCUGAUGGUCCGGGUUUAUGCUGAAAGUGAUUACACCACUCAGGCUCUUAGUCUAUUCCACGAGUUACAAGCUCAGGGAAUGAGACCUGAUGCUAUAAGUGUUAUGAGCCUCAUUCCAGUUUGUGCCCGUUUGGCCUCAGUCCACCUGCUCAAGCAGUGCCAUGCCUUUGUAUUAAGAUCUUGCUUUGAAGAUCUCCGCUUGAAUGGAGCUCUCUUGGAUAUGUAUGCAAAAUGUGGAUCCAUUGACUAUGCGUAUAAGUUCUUCCAGUCAUGUUCCCAGAAGGAUCUGGUUAUGUUCACAGCCAUUGUGUGCGGGUAUGCAAUGCAUGGAAUGGGAGAAGAGGCACUUAGGGUCUUCUCCGAGAUGCUUGAGUUGGGAAUAAAGCCAGACCAUGUCAUUUUUACUGCCAUUCUAUCAGCUUGCAGUCAUGCAGGCCUUGUCAAUGAAGGGUUUAAGCUUUUUGAGUCCAUAGAGAUGGUCCACGGGAUUAAACCCACCAUGGAGCACUAUUCUUGUGUGGUGGAUCUUCUUGCUCGUGGAGGACGCUUGCAAGAUGCAUAUUCCUUUGUAAAUAGUAUGCCUGUUGGAGCUAAUGCAAAUGUAUGGGGCACAUUGCUUGGUGCCUGUAGAACCCAUCAUGAGGUGGAGCUCGGGCGGGUUGUAGCAGAUCAUCUUUUUGAGGUCGAGGCUGGCGAUAUUGGGAACUAUGUACUAUUGUCAAACAUAUAUGCAGCAGAUGCUAGAUGGGAUGGGGUCAACAAGGUAAGAAGAUUGAUGAAGAUGAGAGAUCUAAGGAAGCCAGCUGGAUGUAGCUGGAUUGAAGUCCAGAGAAAGAUGAAUGUUUUUGUAGCUGGAGAUUUCUCUCAUCCACAAAGAAGCCUCAUUUACAAUAUGUUAAGCACAUUGGACCAACAGAUUAAAGAGCCAUGUUGCAGUAGUGAAAACAUCGUGGGUGUCAAUUAAGUAUGAAAUAAGAUUCAGUACCCCAUAUAGGGAAGAACCUCAUGCAAGGUUCCAAAACAGAAUUAGUACUCCCAGUGAAAGAGGAUGCUUUCAAGCAAACUGAAAGCUCAUUGAGAACAGAGCUGUGAAUUAGAAGAUUUGAAGUAAACAUAGGGUAGACUCAGAGGAUAUUCUUAUAGUCACAUGGAGCAUAACAAAUGCUAGCCUUGAUGGAUUUUUAUUUAUGGUUUCACCUCCAUCAUUUAUGAGAUGGUAUCUUCACUUUCAACUUGUGAGAAUUAACCAUUACAUCACCCGCUACUUCCUUUAUUUUACUGGGAAAAGUCAGAUAGGAUUAUAAGAUCAAAAUUUGGUUUCCACUUUUAGUUGACAAAUCCUACUGACCUUGGAUAGGAUGGGCAGUGAAUGGUAAAAAAGUUGAGGCUUGGGAUUAGCCAACUUCAUAUUUUGUAAUGGAGAUCAACUAAUUAAACUAAUUAAGUUGCAAACUCUGAAUAAUGUAUAUGACCCCCCAAAAAAUGAUAAAAGUUCUUAUUUUAUUUUUAA